UUGGUCAGUGACCGCGGUCUGGCUCUGCUGGGCUGAGCUGUCCUGCCAAACACCCGUAACUCGCCCUAACCAACCACUCCAGCCUCACUCCUCCACAUUUACCUUCCCCUUCCCCACCGACUCUCCACACUCGACAUGUCCCACCUUCGGAAACUUGCCACCGCGCGCUGGCUGCUGCAAGAGUCUCCGCCAGAUCCCGGCGAGGUGCCCCCCAGUGACCCAGCCAACGCCGCACGCCUCGCCAGCACCGAGCCAUGCGUCUGGCUCUCGCCUGCUUUCCCGGCCAGCUGUCCACUCUCUCCUCACUCCUACUGCUCCCCCGCAGGAAGCAUCGCGCCUCGGUGUCACCAGCAGGUCUCGCACGGAGGUCUGGCCAACAUCAUACCCAAACUGCCCCCACAGGCUGCAGUGCAAGCCAGCCAGCUUUGCGGUGUGAAGGGCCAGGCUAAAGCGACAAGCAAGGAACUGGCGGAGACACCCAAGCACCGACGACUCGCCGCAAAUGCACGCGAAAGGAAGAGGAUGCACGGACUGAAUCACGCGUUUGAUGAGCUACGGAGCGUCAUUCCAGCUUUCGACAAUGACAAGAAACUUUCCAAAUACGAAACACUGCAGAUGGCACAGAUCUAUAUAGCAGAAUUGACUGAACUUCUGCAAAAUGUGAGCCAGCAGAGCCUAGGUGCUGGCAGUUCGCCAUCCGACUGCCCAAAUGUUAAAGUAGCUAACAAUAAACUCUGCCCUACGAAUCGCUGCAGUUUGCAAACCCCAGCCAGUGCAUGUUCUCCUAACAUCCCCGAGGGCUCUCCAAAGGUUAUUUCCGACGGUACGGGGGACACAGGACCUGCAGCCCAGCGCUUGAAGUUACUCUCUCCUUGCAAAUCGGCCAGAAAUGAAAGUAAAGUGGCUUCUUGUUGCAGUGAUGGAGAAUCUUCUCCUCAUUCUCAUUACAGCGACUGGGAGGAGGGACAGGCAGACACUCUUCUCUACCAACGCUCAGAACACUUUUCAGAUCUCUCACAUGCCCCGAUGGCGCGGAAAGCCAGUUAGGAUGAAACCUCAUGAACUUUGACACCAACUGUAUUUUUCUAACGUAGAGAGUGCGAGAUCAUAUAUUUUUGUAAAUUUCAAAGUGGUGAUUUAAUUUUUGCUCGCACAGUUUCGGGAUGGGUUGUUGCACUUUAAAAAAAUACUGCAUAUGAGUGCAGAGAUAUGCAGAGGGAAAGUACCAGUUGGUAUGCAAUUUAGAGCAGCGGAACAAUCCGCAACACUGUUGAAAUAUGUUUUUCAAUGUUUUUUUUCAAACCCUUUAUUAGGCAGAUUAAGGUCACAUCCUAAAUAUUGUUGCAUGUUUUAAAGUAUGACAUAUUCUUCCAGGGUAUAAUAAGCACAGGUUCAGGCACUCAAUCACCACGUUAUAAUAAGAAUGAAAUGGA